GCGAAAAAAAUUAUUACAGUCGUACAAACGACGUAUUCCAUUGCAAUUGUGAUUUCUGUGUGAAAAUUCAAGAAUUAGUAUAAGAUACCACGUUCGUUGUCUAGUAAUACAGUGUUUGUUGACGUAUGUAUAGUGUUCCCAGUCCUACCCUAUCAUUUUAUCCCGAUUCUUCUGAAAUUAUUGAUUGAUAUUUUUGCUCUAUUAUUUUCUACAAAAGUAUUCUUAACACCACUUAAAUAGGAAUAUAUCGCACUGUGCAUAAUGGCGUAGACGAUGUGUACAUAAUACGCGACCUAACAUGUCAGAAAAUGACGCUUGUGCGAGUGAUCGAAAUACAGAAAACAGUGAUGUUGAGAAAUGCGUUAAAGAAGAUGCCGAGGACAGUGAAAAAUCGGACAGUGUCAAAGCUUCUGAAGCGGCGACGGAAGACAAAGUUUCAAAACAAAAGGGGACUCUUGAAUGGGAGCUGGACGGUUUCAAGUGUAAAGUGAUAUGGAAGUUUCCGGAAGGGAGGACGACGCCGAAGGACUACAUCGCCUUGUGCUAUGCAGAGUCGGGCGGCGUCGUCGGGCGCGUGCCGGCGACCGGAUGCGCAAGCGGCGGCAUAAUGUGGCUGCUUGAUGAGCCCAAUCAGCCGUACGAAGACUGCGAGCAGCUGCUAUGUUUCCGGUACUACAAUGGCGAGGAGGAGGAGAUGGAAGCGGAGGCGCCGGCGCUGCCCGCGCGGCUGCGCGCCGAGCUGCGCAAGCUCCCGCACCGCCUGAAGGAGGGCGUCUCGCGCAAGCGCGGCGGCGAGCGGCAGCCGCCCUUCUCCUACCACAACGAGAGCUUCGAGCUCGGCUCCGAGCCCGACCCCGCGGAGGUCGCUCGCCUCGUCGACAAAUGCUCAAUUAGCACACUAGAAGGCAACGGGAACGAGCCAAAACUCGAACAAAAAUGUGAUCCUAGCAAAUUUGUAGAUACUAAUUUAAGUAAUGAAUCUCAAUCUGUAAAUAGUGAAUCUCGCGCGACUUCCUCAGGAGUGAAAAAGAAAUGUCCACCGCCGGUGGAUACGGGCGGCGGGGUCGACCUCGGUGUUAAAAAGAAAUCUAAAUUGAAUAGCGGUUUAGAGUCGCCUACGUCGCCCGGUACCGAGUAUUACAAAAUAUGGUCGCCAAAGAAUCCUUGUAAGAUAAUGAAAUUUGUAUAUGAGGUGGAGGGAGGGAAGGUCCCGGAGGAAGGUCCUCGGUCGCCCGGGCCGCCGCUGCCGCCGCGCGCGGCGCACAAACCUCUGGAGCGGUCGCGAGCGCUCUCUCCCCCGCCACACCCUCCUCAAGUGCCACGACACCGAAAACCCAAGAAACUCACUAAGCCCGAAGACGCGUUCAAUUUUGAACUAAUCGACACGGACGAGCAAUUUUUUACAGACAACAAUAUUUCUAAUUCAGCUACACUACAGAGUGGCAUCAACGACUUCAAGCCGGGAGAGUUUUACACCGGCAAACAGGUCGCCAUGUCCUCUACGGCGAGCUUCUGGCGAGGCGGCCAGAACGUCGCCCCUUUGGCAACUCCCGAAACUGACGGCAGCUUAUGUGAAUCUACGAUAUCCUCUAUGAAAUUAUCUAGGUUAGUAGACGAGAAGAAAUCUAAAGAUGUACCUGACGGUUCGCCUAGCGUAAGUAGGAAUAAGGUAUUAUUUAUUAAAGAUAUUGGGCCCGAUAACUACAUCACGACGACGUUCGCGAGGAAGGACAAGGCCCCGACUGAUACCGUUGACGGUACGAAUCUCACGCCAAACCAUGCCAAAUCGGAGGAGAAGGCGCAGCACACGUUUUUAAAUGAUAUUAGCAAUCACUCAGAGUUUGAGGAUGAUAAUAGGAAUCAAAUAGAGGAAAAAGAAAUUACGACUUUGAAAGGUCACAAACCUUUGACGAGGCAGAAUUCCGGACGCGCUACACCUACAAUGAUGACUGCGUUUCUAAAUUCACACUCGUCUCAUACCGCAACGACAGCUCUAGAACAGCCCGAUAACGGCAGCUCCAACGCUCCUAGUUCAUGUAACUCUUCACAUUCGACGUCUCCAGUGGAAGACGGCAACAAGACGCUGCCCAGCGUAGGGACGAUGAUUAUGAAUAGGAAGUACUCCUGCGAGAGUUCAACCCCAAAGCAUUCCAGUUUGCCGCGGCAUCUGUUAAAGAACUUGGGUUGCGAAGGAACACCGAAGCAUUCGCCGACGAACAGCGGGAUGAACAGUCCAGUGCGGCCGCACCCAAGAGUUUUAACAAGGGUGGCAGCACUAGCGGGGGCUGCACCGCAGUGUCCGCCGACCCCGACGCACCACGCGCGGCGCCCGCGCCCCGCGCCCCCGGCGGACCUCACGCCACCUCCAAUACAGAAUACAGAAAACUUCGAAAUGGUCGAAUUCACCAACGAACUCCGUACAACAGAGAUUAGAUCUCCGAACAUGGAGUUCGCGAACAGCAACCAUUUCACCAUCGUCCACGCUGGACCUCCCGAAGACGUCGUCCUUCGAAGACCGAGACCAGAAGACAGUGACGACAAUGAGAACGCUGUAGCCUCGCCUACGCCUCUAAGGCAUAUGGCGGGCAUAAGGCUGCCUUCGAUCCCUGAAAGGGCGUCGAGGCAGAUGGCGUUGACUGGUGAUUUUCCUGCCAAUAUGAUUGGGGGGAUUAUCGAGUGCGAGGAACCUUUACCAGCAGGCUGGGAGGCUCGCAUGGACAGCCACGGCAGGGUGUUCUACAUCGACCACAUCAACCGGACCACGACGUGGCAGAGACCUGGAGCCAAUGGGACCACUCCUAGAUCGCCUGCGCCUGAGGUGCAGAGGAGGCAGUUAGAUAGAAGAUACCAGUCCAUCCGUCGCACGAUGACGCGCGCGCAGUUGGAAGCGGAGCGGCUGUCGCCGCCGCCGCUGCCGGGGGCGGCGGGGGUGGCGGGGGCGGCGGGCGGGGGCCGCGGCGGCGGCGGCGGGGCGCGCGCCCCCGCCGCGCCGCACCCCGCGGCGGAGUUCCUGGCGCGCCCCGACUUCUACUCCAUCCUGCACAUGAACCAGGAAGCGUCAAACCUCUACAAUUGCAACUCCACCCUGAAGCACAUGAUAUCCAAAAUCCGCCGAGACACCAGCUCUUUCGAGCGCUACCAACACAACAGAGACCUUGUGGCCUUAGUCAACAUGUUCAGUGACACAGACAGGGAUCUACCACUCGGCUGGGACACGAAACUGGACCGCAAUGGCAAGCGCUUCUUCGUGGACCACGUGAUGCGGCGCACGACGUUCAUGGACCCGCGGCUGCCGCGCGCGCCGGCCGCGGGCCCGUUCUCGCCGCUGCUGCCCGCCAGGCGGCGCCCUCUCGUGGUGGAGCAGAUUGACAUGAAAUACCUUUGCUUCGGAAUCGGGCCGACUCUGGCGCCGACGCCGCCGCCGCGGCCGCCGGUGUCGGCCGGCGACGCGCAUGCGCGCACCAUGCAGGAGAUUCCCGUCGCGUACAACGACAAGGUGGUAGCCUUCCUCCGCCAACCAAACAUCAUGUCGAUCCUUCGCGAACGCUGCGGCGGUUCCGGCAGCGCCUUAAGAGACAAGGUCAACGCUGUGCGAGUGGAAGGAGUUCCUGCCCUUAACAGAUACCAGAACGACGUUCAGCUGACCUGCAUGCUAAGCCUGUUCGAGCAGGAGAUCAUGAGCUACGUGCCAGCGGAGGGCCGGGCGGCACCGUCGCCGGCCGCGUCCCCGGCCGCCGCGCGCAGCACGCGGGCGCCCGCGCCUCAGAGGCGAGACUUCGAGGCCAAGUUGCGAGCGUUCUAUAGAAAACUGGAGAGCAAGGGAUAUGGACAGGGGCCGGGGAAACUCAAGCUCCACAUCCGGCGCGAGCAUCUUCUAGAAGACGCCUUCCGCCGCAUCAUGUCCUGCGGCAAGAAGGAACUGCAGAAGGGCAAGCUCUGCGUGCUGUGGGACGGCGAGGAAGGCCUCGACUACGGCGGGCCCAGCCGGGAGUUCUUCUUCCUUCUGUCCAGGGAGCUCUUCAACCCGUAUUAUGGACUGUUCGAGUAUUCAGCCAAUGACACGUAUACGGUCCACGUGUCGCCUAUGUCGGCGUUUGUGGACAACCAUCAUGAGUGGUUCCGUUUCUCCGGGCGCGUGCUCGGCCUGGCGCUGGUGCACGGGUACCUGCUAGAAGCGUGGUUCACCCGCGCCCUGUACCGCGCGCUGCUGCGGCUCUCGCCCGCGCUCGAGGACGUCGACGCGCUCGACGCGCAGUUCGCCGCCUCGCUGCGGUGGUUACAGUCCGCCCGCUGCGUGUCAUCCCUAGAGCUAACAUUCGCUGUGUCCGAGCGCCUUGCUGACGGUCGCGUGCUGGAACGAGAGCUGAAACCUGGCGGUCGAGAUGUUCCCGUCACGGAGAGAAACAAGAAGGAAUACCUCGAGCGAGUGGUUCGCUGGAGAGUCGAGAGGGGCGUGGCUGAACAGACGGAGUGGCUAGUACGAGGUUUUCAUGAGGUGGUGGACCCCCGCCUAGUCGGCGCUUUCGACGCUCGAGAACUGGAGCUGGUGAUCGCCGGAGCGCCCGAGCUGGACGUGGCCGACUGGCGCGCGCACACCGAGUACCGCGGCGGCUACCACGACGCGCACCCCGUCAUCGUGUGGUUCUGGCAGGCGAUAGACAGGUUCACAAACGAGCAGCGGCUGCGCCUGGUGCAGUUCGUGACGGGCACGUCGUCCAUCCCGUACGAGGGCUUCUCGGCGCUGCGCGGCUCCACGGGCCCGCGCCGCUUCUGCAUCGAGCGCUGGGGCCGCGUGGAGUCGCUGCCGCGCGCGCACACCUGCUUCAACCGGCUCGACCUGCCGCCCUACCCCACGCCGCACACGCUGCACGAGAAGCUGCUGCUCGCCGUCGAGGAGACCAACACCUUCGGCAUCGAGUGAACCGACGAUAGGCGCCCCGGGAGCGAUACAGAUCUAAUAUGUACCGUCGUUUUCAUCGGCCGCUAAUGUAUGAAACUGGACUUGUAGAUUUCCAUGCGGGAGUAUCGCUCUUGUUAGUGUCGCAAAUAAAACAGAAUGUAUAUAGUGGUCGAGGUUUGUACUUUAUUAACGCUCGUAUCGUAAGAUAAGUGAAGUGUACUGUGGCUGUGAAGCGGGCUCGGUCCCGUGUUUAGAUAUUACGCUUUCGUCACUAAUUUAUAAUUGUAUACGCUGUAACCUUCCAGAUUUCGUUUUUGGCGGUCGCCUAGAUCUCCUACCGAAUUGGAGUGACUGUUAAAAUAGUGUAGUACUGAAAAGAUAUAUAUCUGUAAUAUCAGUUUAUUUUAAAAAUAUGUCAUAAAUAUUCCAUUACACUGCACUAGUCAGCUAUUUAAUACCCACUUAAUGCUUAACAGAGUAGUGGAAGCGCCAAAAUGUCCUCUUGUAUGACCGGCCCGAUGAUAAAGUAUAUUGUAUGCUUGUUAUUUUAUCAUUAUAUAUCAUUUGUAUAAAUUACUAAAUUUGUGCAAGUGGGCAGGAAGAAGAGGAAAACUUUGACUGUUUAAUUACUAUUUAAUGAAACGAGCCGUUUGUAAGUAACACAUGUAUCAA